AUGCAUGGAUGUAGUACUGGAUCUGCUCUAGUCAAUGCCGAGGUUGAUUCCAUGGGGGGAGUUGUUGAAGGUGGAGUUCGUAGUGGCACCAAAGCCUCUCCGCAGCAAGCAGCAAUUGAGAUGGCUCAAGCAGAGCUUAGGCAGGAGUAUGAUGUGCGUGAGGAAAGGAGAAGAGAGUUAGAGUUUCUUGAGAAAGGUGGCAAUCCCCUGGACUUCAAACUUGGGACAGCAGCUUCAGUUAGUGUCCAGUCUACUUCUCUGACAAAUCAACACCAUGAACCAUUUGUGACCAGUGAAGCAAAAGGUAGUUUUGCAUUGACUGCUUCACCUCAUGGUGAUUCUGUUGAAAGUAGUGGUAGACUAGGGGCUCCUCCAGUUUGUGAACCCAAUAGUGCUGAUAAUCUCAUGUUAUUUGAUGCUGAAAAUGAAUUUCUUGGAGGUGAAAGGAACUAUGUACAUCCCAGUAGGAGUAAGAUUGUUCCAUCAGAGCAGUUCUCCCAAUUGGAUGGAAAUCAAAAUGCCAAAAAAUUAGCGAACUCUGCUGUGUUUGACCUUCCAAAAAAGGCAUAUAAGCGACGGUACAGGUCCCGACCAAAUCGAGACGGUGCUCGAUCAAGCUCAAAUGAUGUAGUACCAUCUCGUGCUGGUCACAGCUCUUAUUUACCUUCUCGCAAUGGUCGCAGAGAUCCCAAAGGGCUAGUCACUGUUGCAGACAAUCAGAAGGAGCAGAUUGUUUCCACGAAUUGUGAUCCACCCAGAAGUCCAAAUGAUGCUGACACUCCUAAACGCUUGUGGGACAACCAACCCUCACAAGCUGAUUCUCAGGAAACUCCUAUUGAAAUGGCUUCUGAAGCUCCUGAAUCUGUUGGGGGAAGGGAACAGGCGGUUUCAGUGGGUCUUGAAUGUGUGCCUUGUGUGACUACCACAAAAGUGGAUAAUCUAGUGGGUUAUGGUCAGAUGAAUGGGCUCAGCUGCCAAAAGGGGGAUAGGAAAAACGUGUCAAUUGAAGGUCAAAAUAAUAGUGUUGCAUUUGACAAGAAGGGUUUAGAUUCAGAUUCAUCUUGCACGCAUACAAGCCGUAGCAUUGAUGGAAAUAAUGAUAGUGAAAGGUGUACUAAUUUGCUAAAUAUUGAUUCCAAUGGGAAUAUUAAGGAACGACUCUUAGCAUCUGAAAGGAUGCCAAAUAUGGAAGGUGAUGAAUUGGUUGCAGACAAGACCGAGAUUAAAGCUAAUGACAGUUGUGUUUUAGUUAAUGAUGAUAUCAAUUCUAUUUGUCAAAGCAACCAAGGCAAUGGUUCCAUCAUCAAAACCCAGGAAGAACUAAAUGGAAGCAUACUAGGCUUGCAAAAUGAUGUGAAAGGUCCUAUUGUUAUUGAGGGAAUGGAACCAGAUGGUGUUAAUGGAUCAGAAACAGAAAGCAAACCUAGUUUUUUGUUGGGUGAAAGUUCGAUACCUCACAGUGAAAAUGCUUGUCCUGAUACACUUCAGAAUUCAGUGGAUUUCUCUAAUCAAGAGCUUCCUGAAACUAAGUCUUCUGUUAGGGUUCCAAAUGUAGCCGCAGAGCACCACACUUGUUCCGGUGAGCAACCGAGUGUGGUCAAUGAGGCAGACGAAGAUUCUAUUCUGGAAGAGGCACGGAUUAUAGAGGCGAAGCGUAAGAGGAUUGCUGAGUUAUCUGUUAGUGCCCAACCGGAAGAGAAUCAUCGAAAAUCUCACUGGGAUUUCGUCAUUGAGGAAAUGGCAUGGUUGGCAAAUGAUUUUUCUCAGGAACGUCUUUGGAAGAUAUCUGCUGCUGCUCGUUUAGGUUAUCAAGCUGCUUUUUCUUCACGGUUAAGAUUUGAAGAACAAAAUUCACGUUGGAAGCAAAAAAAUGUAGCUCUUACCUUGGCAAAAGCUAUUAUGGACUUCUGGCAUUCUGUGGAGGAAAAAGGCAACGAGCUGGAGCUGCAAUGUUCUGUUCGGGGAUAUGCAGUUAGAUUUCUAAAAGAGAAUGGGUCCCAUGUUCCACAGGGACAAGUGGAGUGCCAAACAACUCCUGACUGGAUGUCUGAUUUGGGUAUUCUGGACACUUGGGAGGAUAGCUUGAUGGAAGAGAAUCUCUUUUACACAGUUCCUGCUGGUGCGAUGGAAACCUACAGAAAAUCUAUUGAAUCUUAUUUGAUACAAUGCGAGAAAACUGGCAGUAGCAUGCAUGAGGAAGUGGAGACAUCCAUCCAAGACACUGUUCCAGAUAAUGCAUGUGAAGAAGAUGAAGGAGAAACAAGCACAUAUUAUUUGCCAGGAGCCUUUGAAGGUAGCAGGGCAUUGAAAUUUGCUCAGAAGAAACGGAAAAACUUGCCGAAGGCAUAUAGUGCAAGAUCAUAUGAAGUGGGAGCUGAUUUGCCAUUUCUGCAUUGUUUGGAAAAGAAAGUUGGGACUCAACAAUCCAUGUUAAUGGGAAAACAGUCUGCCAACAGUCUCAAUGUUUCAAUUCCAACAAAACGUAUGCGGACUGCCUCCAGGCAGAGGGUCAUAAGUCCUUUUAGCACUGGAACAUAUGGUGGUGUUCAGGCACCAAAUAAGACAGAUGCUUCCAGUGGUGAUACCAAUUCUUUUCAGGAUGAUCAGAGUACUUUUCAUGGUGGAUCUCAAGUCCCAAAUAGCAUGGAAGUUGAGUCAAUGGGGGACUUUGAAAAACAAUCACCAUUUGACUCCUUAGAAAUAUCAACAAAAACUAAAAAGAAGAAGAAGAAACACCUGGGUUCCUCAUAUGAUCAACGAUGGCAGCUUGAUUCAAAUUUUCAAAAUGAGCAGAGGGAUUAUUCAAAAAAGAGGCCAGAGAGUCAUCAUCUUGAAUCUAAUGGAAGCAGUGGUUUAUUUGUUCAACACAUUAUGAAAAAGCCGAAAAUGAUGAAGCAAUCGCUGGAUAAUUCUUUUGAUAAUCUAACUCCAAUGGUUGGGUCAAUUCCAUCUCCGGCGGCUUCUCAAAUGAGUAAUAUGUCCAACCCAAAUAAGUUCAUCAAAAUGCUUGGCGGACGGGAUCGGAGUAGGAAAGCGAAGGGGCUGAAGAUGUCAGCUGGACAGACUGGUUUAGGAAGUCCAUGGUCGCUAUUCGAAGAUCAGGCACUUGUUGUCUUGGUACAUGAUAUGGGUCCAAAUUGGGAGUUUGUAAGUGAUGCUGUCAACAGUUCUUUGCAAUUCAAGUGUAUAUUUCGGAAGCCUAAAGAAUGUAAAGAGCGUCACAAGAUUUUAAUGGAUAGGACUGCUGGUGAUGGGGCUGAUAGUGCUGAAGAUUCAGGGUCUUCUCAGCCGUAUCCGUCUACUUUACCCGGAAUUCCGAAGGGCAGUGCCAGACAAUUGUUCCAACGUUUGCAAGGUCCUAUGGUAGAGGAUACCCUCAAAUCUCAUUUUGAUAAUAUCAUUAUGAUUGGUCAAAAACACCCUCACAGGAUGACUCAGAAUAAUAACCAGGACCCAAAACAACUUCAGCAACCUCAUGGUUCCCAUACAAUUGCUCUUUCUCAAGUUUUCCCAAAUAAUCUGAAUGGAGGUCCUAUUCUGACGCCUCUGGAUCUCUGUGAUGCAACUGCAUCUAGCCCCGAUGUUCAUGCUCCUGUGUAUCAAGGCCAUCACUCUACUGAGGUAGGUAUUCCGAACCAGAGUACUGUAGCACAAUUCCUUCCUGCUUCCUCAGUGCAAGGGUCUUCCAAUAUGGUACUUGGCAGUAACUAUUCAUCACCAUCUGGCCCAGUCAAUUCUUCUGUUAGAUAUGGUAUUCCUAGAAGUGCUUCCUUAUCAAUUGAUGAACAGCAAAGAAUGCAACAGUAUAAUCAAAUGUCAUCUGGCAAGAACAUUCAGCAGUCUGGUUUGUCUGUUCCUGGAUCUCUUCCAGGAAGUGAUCGUGGUGUCCGAAUGUUACCUGGUGGCAAUGGUAUGGGCAUUAUGUGUGGCUUGAAUAGAAGCAUGCCGAUGACAAGGCCUGCAUUCCAAGGAAUUUCCUCGUCAACAAUGCUAAAUUCAGGGAGUGUGCUUUCCUCUGGUAUGGUAGCAAUGCCAAGCCCUGUUAAUAUGCACCCNUGUGGCUUGAAUAGAAGCAUGCCGAUGACAAGGCCUGCAUUCCAAGGAAUUUCCUCAUCAACAAUGCUAAAUUCAGGGAGUGUGCUUUCCUCUGGUAUGGUAGCAAUGCCAAGCCCUGUUAAUAUGCACCCUGGAUCUUUUUCUGGUCAAGGAAACUCAAUGUUGAGACCUCGUGAUGCUUUGCAUUUGAUGCGGCCAAGCCAGAGCCCGGAUUCUCAAAGGCAAAUGAUGGUGCCAGACCUUCAGAUGCAGGUCUCACAAGGAAACAGCCAAGGAGUCCCUUCUUUUGGUGGGUUAAGUUCCUCUUUCUCUAAUCAGACAGCCCCUCCACCUGUUCCGUCAUACCUAAUCCAUCACCAGCAACCACACCCAAUGUCCCCUCAACCGACCCAUGCCCACAGCAAUUCUCAUCAUCCUCAAGCACCUAAUCAUCCCCCCAGCAUGCAGCAUCAAGCCUGUGCAAUCCGCUUGGCAAAAGAGAGGCACCUGACGCAGCACAUGCUGCAACGGCCGCAGCAGCAGCAACAACAACAAUUUGAUGUUUCCAACGCUUUGAUGCCACAUGUACCACCACAGGCCCAACUGCCCAUAUCAUCUCCUCUGCAAAAUAGUUCCCAAAUUCAGUCACAAAUUACUUCUCCACCAUUAUCACUAUCAUCUUUGACGCCAACAUCCUCAAUGACUCCAAUGUCACAGAACCAGCAAAAACAUCAGAUGCCACCACAUGGGCUUGGCCGGAGUGCUCAAACAGGUGGCAGUGGUUUGACCAAUCAGAUGGGGAAGCAACGGCAACGUCAGUCACCGCAAUUGCAACUGUUGCAACAAGCUGGCAGGCAGCAUCCUCAAUCGCAGUCUCAACAGCAGAAUAAACUUCUGAAGGGUGUAGGAAGAGGUAACAUAAUGAUGCACCAGAACCUUCCCGUUGAUCCCUCCCUCCUGAAUGGCAUUGCACCGACUCCUGGAAGCCAAUCUACAGAAAAAGGGGAGCAGGUUAUGCAUUUGAUGCAAGGUCAAGGCUUAUAUUCUGGGCCAGGACUAACUCCUGUUCAAGCAUCAAAGCCAUUAAUGCCUCCUCAUUGCUCAAAUCAGUCCCAGCCUCAGCAGAAGAUAUCCAAGCAACUCCAGCAGAUGCCUUCAAACGCUGAUAAUAGCAAUCAAGGUCAUGUUCGACCAGAUGCCUCUGGUCAUUCAUCAUCCACUUCCCAUCAAGUAGUACCAUCAUUGGCAAUGACCUCUUCCCAUCAUCAGCAGCCACAGCCACAGAAUCACUCUAAGUUAGUCAAUCAAUCUCAACAAAAUCUUCAAAGAGUGCUUCAACAAAAUCGCCAAGUGAAUGCUGACCCUGCAAACAAGUUGCAAAGCAGAGAUGCUCAAGCAGACCAGAACCCUGUCAGCAACUCAUCUCAGAAGGUUAUUUCUUCUACUGGUGCUCCUCAAUGGAAAGCAUCGGAACCAUUAUUUGCUUCUGGUAUGCGAAAUCCAGUGACAAAUUGUGCCGGGAGUGAGCCUAUCCCUGUGGCCAGUCACGGACCAGGCCCAAGGCAGUCAUCUGGCAGCUUGUCCCCACUUGGGCAUGAUGUUGAUGCACAGUGGCAGCAGCAGCCAUCACAGCUACCUCCUCCCUCACCACCGCAAACACAGCAGCAGCAGCAACAGCAAUCACCACAACAGCAGCUGCCCCCACACCAUCAUCAGCCACAGACACAACUUCUGCAAGCAGGGAGCGGCAGUUUCUGGACCUGUCCAGUUUGGAUCGGCAUACCCUCAAAGAAGCAGUGUACAGAUGAAGGUCAUCAUUCCAUCACAAUACGGACACAGAUGGUAACUACUUCAGAUUAUGAUAAAGAGUUUACUGAAGGGAUGUUGGAUCUUGCCAGGGCUAAAUUUUGGUUAUAUGUACAUAACCAUUGCCCGGAGCUUGGGGGAGAUAGAGACAGAUGUAGAGGGGAUAGCUAUCAUUGCUAUAUGGCCAAAGCCUGUGCAAAAUUUUGUGAAUACAAGUUUUGUGAUGUAUAUGAGAGAGAAUGA